AUGGCUGCUUCCUCUAAACCCCACAGCUUGCAACUGGGCGUAUGGCGCGUUCUGCUGCCCGAAGAUUCCUCUAAGGGCAGCGGCUCAGGAUUCAGUUCUGCACGACGUGUCUUCUGGGACUUGCUCAAUACGACCAUGGUGUCCGCUAUUGCGGACGGGUACCCAGCGGUCGCAAGAUUCUUCGGUGACAUAUACAAACUGAACCCAGUGCUAACUGGCGUAUUUUUGACGAUCAAGCUGUGGGCUGGGCUGGAGAAUGUGUUGUUGCUCUGGGCGGCGAGCAAACUGCUGGUUGUGGUGGAGGUUGGUCUUCGAGACGGCAGACUGGAUGCGUGGACUAUGGCUUCCGCCAUCUCGAUUCGCCUACUAUGUGUUGUGACGGUUGCAGCAACCAAGUGGAUCCGAGCAUUCCUAAUGCCCAGGCUCCAAUCCCGAAUCACUUUACACUUUCAAGAUAUACUCCUUCGUGCCGACCUUCGUUUGGAUAUUCCGACGUCAGAGGACACGCGAAAUACAUCCCGCGCAAACCCUGCAGAAGCAUUCAUGGCCUUCGAAGUACUAUGCGACAUGAGCAUGCAACUGUUGGUCCUCUUGAGCGAGAUGAUUUUCAUUUCGCAGCAGAGGAAUGGCGGAUAUAUUUUCACGGGAAUCAGCCUCCUGCAUCCGUUGAUAAAUCUAAAGGCGCAAAGGGCGCUGUUCUUUGUCCCUCAUGCCAUUUACUCCGACAACGAGUCAUAUAAAAAACUCCAGGCGUUGAAGAAAAUGACCACAGGACCAGCGCGGACGGACGUUGUUCUUGGUGGGAUGGCUGGUUGGAUAGGCUCAGAAUAUAGCCGAGCGCGGAACGCAUUGGGUACUACGCCAACGGAGCACGCAUGGAUACAAUACGCCAACCAAACGAGCCUACUCGUUACAAUGGCCUCUGCAGUGGUAGAUCAGCUGCCUAUGAUCUACUGGGCUGUCUCCGCAUUCUUGGAGCCCUCCAAAUUCUCCAUGGCCUCGAUUGCUUUUCUCACGCAAUACGCGGCGAGUGUGCGUAGUACCGUGGGGAUGCUGCUCUUCGAAUUCGGACAGUCAGCGAAAUGCAUAACUGACAUCAAGACCCUCUACGACGUCGACAACGUGACCAAUCUUGUUAUCGACGGCGAAAAGAGAUACCCGCGACCAGAGUGGGAGUGGAUUAACUCGAAGGGGAUGGACAUAAAGCUCAAAAACAUCUCUUUUACUUAUCCCGGAAGCAAAUCUCACGGCAACGCGUUGGUUGAUGUCUCUGUGUCCAUCCCUGCGGGAGCACUUGCAGUUAUUGUCGGGGUCAACGGGAGUGGAAAGUCUACGUUUAUCAAGCUCCUUGCGCGACUAUACGAUGUCAACAACGCAAGCAACUCCGAGAAGCUUGAUUCUGUCAUUCUCAUUGACGGCUUGCCAAUUCAGGAGUACAAAUUGGGCGACUUGCGUCGGGCGCAAGCGCACCUGGCCCAAGAUCACCAACUUUUCCCUCUUCCGCUCCGCGAGAAUAUCGGGCUGGGCUCGGUGUCCGACUUGGACAACUACACGGGCAGGCAGUCCUCUUUUGACCAAGUCCGCGUGAGGGAGGCGGCCACGGCCGGCGGCGCGACACAGCUGAUUGACCGACUGAAGGACGGAGACUUGACCGUGUUAGAGCCGGUGUCAACAGUUUCCGAGCAGGGCCUGGAUAAUAACCGACACAAGGAUACCAAGGAAUUCAUAGGAAAUAUUGACAAGCGGGUAGAUGUCUCUGGUGGAGAGAAGCAGCGAUUAAUUGCGUCUCGUACUUUCAUGCGCCUGCAACUACGAGGUGUCAAGCUGCUCUGCGUGGACGAACCAUCUAGUGCGCUUGACCCCCUCGGCGAGUUCGAGCUUUUCCAACGGCUGCGCGAGUCGGGCCAGGGCAUGACAAAGAUAUUCGUGACCCAUCGGUUUGGUCAUCUGACAAAACAUGCAGAUGUCAUUAUAUGUAUGAAGGAAGGCAGGGUCGCGGAGGUCGGUACACAUCAGGAGCUUAUUCAACUGGGCGGGGAGUAUGCGGCCCUCUAUAAUGUGCAAGCUCAGGCAUUUACUCAAUAA